AUGAAACUCAGUUUUAGAAUCAACUUCUUUUCGCUUUUUCAGUCUGUUGUUAUUGGCGAGUCUAUAUUCAACACGUUGGAAACGUCAUUCAAAUUUGCGAAAAACGAUAAUUUUUCCUGCAUACUGCACUACGACUUGGUCUUCGAAUUCAAGUCGCGACUGCAUUCUCAAAUGGCAUACUUAUUCUUUGAUAAAGUUGUUAAAACGAUGGUGGGAGCAUUUUUACGAAGAGCGGAGGAGAUUCAUGGGAAACCAUCUAUACCUCAUUCUAAGCCAGAAAUACUUCAGUAUAGGCGAUAG